UAAGCUGAGCUGACUGCAGAGAGCCUGAGAUUGAAAGGCUUUCUUGGCGUUUCGCGUUCCUAAUUUCUUGAAGGCUUGAGAGCAGAGAAAGAGAGAAUGGCGUCAUCAGUCAAUUUUUCCGUCGUUGAAGACAAUGACCUUGACGACGCAGAGCUUUGGGCCGUGAUAGAUUCGGCCGCAGCCGCCUCUCGCUCCUCCUCCUUCAAUUCUCGCAAACCUCACGUGCUCAAGCAUUCCAAUCUUCAAGUUCACAGUCCUGUUCCCAAUAAUCCCUCACCUGUCACCAAAUUCUCUAGAAACUCUCGGAGCCAUUACACGUUGGAGGAAGAUGUCAGGGUUUCAGCUGAUGGAGAGGUCUUACAAGAGCCAUGGAUUUGUCAGCGUCCACAGAAAAUCGCAAGAUCUCGUGGUCCUGAUUGCGCUGAAGACAAUCGAUUAGUUGUCUUGAAGCAUAUGCAGCGGACUCCAACGACACCGUUGUACUCGUCGCCUGACGCUGAGAGGUUCCUUGUUCAAGAGAUCAGUCCUACUUCAGGUGCCUCUCCGUCCUAUUUCAGGAGGAAUGAAGACAGUAAUAAAACGCCACAUAGCUUAUCCGGCCAGUUCCCUUCCGUCUCUCUUUUCAAGGAAUACCAGAAUGCAGCCAUGGCGAUUCUAGAGAAAUCUGAUUACACUGUGAUUUCUGGGAGCCCAUUUAUAAAGAAAUCAGGAUGGAGGAAGAUAUCAUUUUACUUCAAUUUAUCCUAUGAAAUCAAAGACAAGACUAUUGAGUUUGAUGAGAACCGAAAUGUGCAGCGAGCUGAAUUUGUGGUUCGUGCACACAUGCAAGGUGGUAGGUUCUCAGAUGGAUGGGGGUCAUGUGAACGUCGUGAGAAACGCUUUUUGAAACCAAACCAUGACAUUCCCAGCACAGCAGAAACCAGAGCUAAGAAUAAAGCAUGCCAGGACUUGCUUGGAAUUGGAGAGUAUCGACCUGGUGCUACCAAUGGUGGUCGAAAAAUAUAGACCAAUCAGUGUACUCGAAAAGGGAUUCCGGUUCAUUCUCAUCUGAACGGAUAUGUGGAGGAGUCAACACCGUGGGGUAGAAGACAAUUCACCCAUCAAAUUGGAAGUCUAAGAUUCAAUGCAAACGAAUAACAAAGACGAAAAAGGGUGAGAGGUAAAGAAAGGAAACAAAACAUGGGAGGAAGGAGAAAGCUGCAUACAUGGUCCCCUUGUAAUAUCAUUUAGAAAUUAACUUCAAUUUCAACUUUUUGAGUGUUUCGGUUGAUGCUGUAUGAAAACGGGUAACCUGUAGAAUGUGGAUCAAGAGGGACACUCAAAAGAAUAUAGCUAGGAGGAAUACCUACAAGAAAAAAAGCAAAAAGCGUCUCCCCCUCUGUUUUCUUUAUUGGAUUCUCUUCCCGAGUUCCAGUGGAGACUAUGCCCCCUACUUAGUUGGCCAGACAUUUUGUGUUUGGACUUUAUAGUUUGGGAAAAAAGAACGUUGCCGAACCCUAUUUACUAAAUUCUAGUUCAUCCAUUGGCAGCAGAAGACUUUGCUCACACUAUUUGAUGAA